AUGGAUGCUCUCAAAGCUGAAAUUGCACUCAAGCGCAAGGCCUACAUGCGUCGCGGUGAACUCGAGCGCAUGAAAGAAGAAGAAGAACGGCAAGCACGCGAAGAGAGAGAAAAAGAAAGGGCUGCAGAAGUAGCAGCAGAGAGGAAUGCUGCGCUAGCAAGAAACGUGCAGAAGAAAAAGGCUGACACUUCCUCGCGCUCCACUUCUAACACUCCUUUGCCGGAAAGCCGCGACACAGACUCGCCAAUCCUAGAGAGUGCAUUUAACAUCCCAAACAAUGAAACUAUCCGCCGACUGCGAGCCAAAGGCCAGCCGAUCCGACUCUUUGGUGAAAGCGACCGUGACCGGCGCUUGCGUUUGCGUGCUCUCGAACUCAUAGAAGAGCGUGGGCAUGAGAAAGCUGGCACGAAUGAUUUUAGGAAGGCACUGGAAGAUGUUGAGAGCGUAGAGAGGGAACUGCGAGCCAAGAACGAUAAGGGGAAGAAGAAGGAUGAUGGAGAAGUGAACAACAGCACUGGGAGUGUAGCCAUGGUGGAUUUGGAAUUGAUAAAGACAGACCCGGAUAAGUUGUACCCCAUCAUAUACUACGCACUCAAGCGGACCCUCAAGGAGUGGGAGGAGGCGAUGAAUGAACGACCAGAAAACGUCAAGCGGACUCAUCAGGGUAAACUGGCUGCAGCAACACAAGUUCAGUCUGCCGAGUAUCUGAAGCCACUGUUCAAGACACUUCGUUCACGGAAUUUACCGCCGGACAUGCUUGCACGCAUAGCUGAAAUAGUUUAUCACAUGCAAAAGCGGCAAUACCAGAGAGCGAACGAUUCAUACCUUCGGCUAUCUAUUGGUAAUGCGCCAUGGCCGAUCGGGGUUACGAUGGUGGGUAUCCAUGAACGUUCCGCUCGUGAAAAGAUCUCUACAGACCAGGUUGCGCACGUGUUGAACGACGAAGUGAGCAGGAAAUAUAUACAGAGCCUUAAGCGGCUCUUGACAUUCUCUCAGACAAAAUACCCACCAGAGGAUGUUUCGCAGCUUAUGGGAUAG